AGGUGAAGACGUGAAGUACAGUUGCAGGGGGUUUAGUUUUAAAAUUUUUAAUUCAAUCGUAAGCCUUGAAUUUGUUUAAAGGGAUGGGCUGUGUUUUAGUUUGAUUAAGUUUAUUCAUAUGGGCUGGAUAUAUCAUAUAUGGGCUGGGUUAUAAGUAUAACAGGGCUACAUUUUAUUUUCACCUGGGCUGGGCUAUUUAACACAUAUAUAUACUCAAUGGACUACAAAAUUUUGACCCGGGCUGGAGCCAACCCCGGCCCAGCCCACGGUCCGCCCCUGUCCGCUUGGAUUCCACCUCCCCAGCUGCUUGCUGUAGAGCGCCGAUCCAACAGUGUUCAAGUUAAGGCCGCCGCUGAUUCCAUCACCGAGAGCAGCGACGAUGAAUCCUUCGUGUCGAAAUUCAAGGACACUCUGGUGCUUGCUUUACUCUUUGGCCUUUGGAUCCUUUUCAACAUUUACUUCAACAUCUAUAACAAACAGGUACUCAAAGUGUUCCCAUAUCCAGCGACUGUAACCGCAGCUCAGUUUGCUGUGGGAACAGUGUUUGUUAUUCUCAUGUGGACAUCCAAUCUUUACAAGCGUCCUAAAAUUACAGGCGCACAGCUUGUUGCAAUUCUUCCACUGGCUGUGGUGCACGCAUUAGGCAACCUUUUCACUAAUAUGAGCCUAGGGAAAGUGUCUGUCUCGUUUACUCAUACGAUCAAGGCCAUGGAGCCUUUUUUCUCGGUUCUCUUAUCAGCCAUGUUUCUUGGGGAGGUGCCGAAUAUAUGGAUAAUUUCUUCGCUUAUACCAAUUGUAGGGGGAGUAGGACUGGCAUCAAUGACCGAGGCCUCUUUCAACUGGGCAGGAUUCUGGAGUGCCAUGGCUUCUAAUUUGACUAAUCAGUCUCGAAAUGUCCUUAGCAAGAAGUUAAUGGUUAAGAAAGAGGAAUCGAUGGACAAUAUUACUCUGUUUUCGGUGAUAACAAUCAUGUCCUUUAUUUUGUCUGCCCCUGUUUCCAUUUUCAUGGAAGGAGUUAAAUUCACCCCUUCAUUCCUGCAGUCUGCUGGAUUGAAUGUUAACCAAGUUUAUACUUGGUCAUUUAUUGCUGCGCUCUGCUACCAUGCAUACCAACAGGUUUCGUAUAUGAUAUUGCAGAGAGUAUCUCCAGUCACCCACUCUGUAGGAAACUGUGUGAAACGUGUUGUGGUGAUUGUCACGUCUGUUCUUUUCUUCCGCACACCUGUUUCACCUAUUAACUCUCUUGGAACCGGAGUGGCACUUGCUGGAGUCUUUCUGUAUUCAAGAGUAACCUCUACUAAGCCAAAGACGGUAUAAAAUCCACACAGACAAAGACGUUCACAUUGCAGCCAAAGAUAUAUUGAAGUCCUUAUUGCAGGAAAAUUUUGCUUAUUACAGUUGGUAGGCGGUGAGAAAAGACUAUGAAGAAUUUAGGUAUGUUCUCUGCAGGCUCUGUUUGUUACAUCCCGUCCUGCUAAUUCUUGUUAUGCUAGUUCAUGUUCUUUGGUUAUCGAGGAGCAGCUCUUUGUCAAAUAGGGUCAUUAUCAGUGCAAGUCUGCAAGAUGUAUUGUACACAAUUUUGGAAAAAUUUAGUGUUUUGAGGAAA